UCUUUCUUAUAUAUAUAUAUAUAUAUCCCCUCUUAUUCCUCUCAUUAGUUCGUUUGAUACUCCCUCCUUUGCGCGAGCAACACCGUUCGUCGGCUUGGGAAUUCCGCUUUCUCAUAGAAAAGAAAUGCAUCGCGGAAAUAUCGAAUGCAUCUAUUUCUAUAACAUCUCAUUCAGUUAAAUUUUUAAUUUUAUCGUAUUGAAUGUAUUUGUUUACGCGAGUGAAAUGUGAAGAGAUACAUUUGUUACUAAUUUAUUUAGUGUUUUUUACUAUGCAAUUGAUUAUAGAAGGACAUGGAUUUAUCGGUGUUCAAUUAAUCGGUAUGCGUAAUUGAGAAGCAUCGAUCAUUUUGAGCUAUUUUUUGAGAAAGAAUCUUGAUUAUUAGCAUCCGUUAGUGUCCGUUAUAUCAUCUAUUUGUUCAUAUUAAUUAGUGAAUUAGCGAAUAAUCUUUUUUAAGAUCAGAAAAACAGAUAAAAAUAAAAAAUUUAAAGAACAGUACAAUCUGUGAUACAAUAUUAUAAGAAGAAUAAUCUAUAAAUUUAUCAAAUUCGGUUGUUUUUAAUAAUAACCAAAAACUCAAAACUAUGCUGAUUCUUCCAGAUUUAAGAUUACAGGGUUCCGAUCCUAGAGUGGCUACAUGUCGAGGAAAACUACAGAACAAACGAAGCAAAUUGAAUCAAGAGAUUAAUAAAGAGCUUCGAUUGCGAGCCGGCGCAGAAAAUCUUUUUAAAGCAACAACAAAUAGGAAAUUGAGAGAAACUGUUGCGUUGGAAUUGAGUUUCGUUAAUUCAAACUUGCAAUUACUAAAGGAACAACUUGCCGAAUUAAACAGUUCAGUUGAAUUGUAUCAAAAUGGUGAUAGCGAAGAACCGGCAAUGCCAAUGAUACCAUUAGGUCUAAAAGAAACCAAAGAUAUAGACUUUCAGGAUCCAUUCAAGGAUUUCAUUCUCGAACAUUAUAGCGAAGAUGGAGUAAAUUAUGAAGAGGCAAUAGCAGAUCUAAUGGAGACUAGACAGGCAACACGUACACCGACCAGAGAUACUGCAGGUAUUGCAUUGUUGUUGCGGUAUUACAAUCAAUUAUACUUCGUUGAGCGAAGAUUUUUUCCUCCUGAUCGAAGUCUUGGCAUCUAUUUCGAAUGGUUCGACUCGUUGACAGGAGUUCCGAGUUGCCAACGAACUGUCGCGUUUGAGAAGGCUUCAAUUUUAUUUAAUGCUGCUGCUCUUUAUACUCAAUUGGCUGCGAAACAAGAUCGUUUGUCCACACGAGGCUUAGAUCAGGCGAUUGACGCCUUUCUUCGAGCCGCUGGUACUUUUCGUUAUAUAUACGAAAAUUUUACCAAUGCACCGAGUAUGGAUCUUGGACCGGAUAUGCUGGAGAUGCUUGUUCAACUGAUGCUGGCCCAAGCGAGAGAAUGUUUGUUCGAAAAACUAGAACUUCAAUCAAAAGAUGGAAGGAGUAUUGAUGUUUCAUUGGAUCUCGCGCAGGAAGCGUCACAGGUUGCGGCUGUCUACAGCGACGUCCAUGGAUUGAUCUCGCGCGAACCAGUCCGUGACUACGUUCCAGAAACCUGGAUUUCAUUGAUCUUGGUAAAACGCGAACAUCACAUGGCUCUCGCACAUAAGCAUCUUGCACUUGGAUUGUUCGAUCGAUCAAUUUCCGAAUGGAGAGCGGAAACUAAAUUAGCGCUCGAACACAUACAAAAGAGUGAUGGCAAAACGCAACUGGAUAUAAUCGUGCCACGAGAGGAAAAUGAAAGGAAGUUAUUAGCGAAAGCACAUCUCAGGGAAGCUUUAGUUUUACACGAAGAAAGUCAGAGAUUGCAAAGAAUGUGUAGAGACUUAAAAGCAAAGCAAGCGCUUGCCAAAGUUUUGAAAAGGAUACAAGAAUCAACAGUAGAAGAUUAUAAUAGAAUUAAAAAUGAAGAUGAUUUUCGAGAAUUAGAUCCACCUGAUAUUAUAGCAUCCACAAAGUUCCAAUUGAGCAUAACUCAUCCGGAUUUUGGACAACAUGGAGUCGAAGAUCUUUUCAAAUCAUUAGGCCCAGUUGCCAUAUUUUCGGCAAAAAGACAUUGGACUGUACCACGAUUAAUACAGCUUCAAAGAGGACCUGAAGGCGAAGGAUUCGGUUUUAGUGUUCGAGGAGAUUCUCCUGUAAUAAUAGCUGCAGUUGAUCACAAUUCUUUGGCCGAUUUGGGUGGUAUGAAGGAAGGUGAUUUUAUAGUAGGAAUUGGUGAUAAAGAUGUAAAAUGGUCAUCACAUGAACAAGUAGUUCGAUUGAUCAAGCAAUCUGGCGAUUUUAUCAAUUUAAAAUUGGUCACACCUAUGGAUAGAAAUUAUUUAAAGAAACCAGGUAAAAUUAACCAGCAGGAUAAAGGAAGUGUUUCAGCGAGUAGUUCUUCCGGAAUUUCUUCUGGUCAACCAAGUCCUGCUGGUUCUGUUACCACUGCUCAUGUAAUUAAGAAACUGCCAUGGAAUCCAUUUAAAAAGUCAGCUACGCAGCGUGAUAGCAGGGACCUGACAUUUGAUAAUGUAAUUCUCAGAUGACUCUUUAGAUAUCAUGAUAUAUGGCUAUUGUAAUUGGAAUUUUCGAACAAACUUUGAAAAUAAUAUGAAAAUAUUUAAUAUUCAUGUUUUAAGUUUUGACUUUCGUUGAUAAUUCUAUUACGAUUGAUUUCAACAUCGCAAUUCUCGCGUUAUAAAACUCGUAUCUUUCUCAACAAUUAUAUGAUUCUUCCUAUCAAACUCAACAAAUACAUAUAAUAUACAUACACACAUAAAAUAUAAAUUGUAAACAUAUUGUAUAUGAACAAAAAUUUAUCGUUUGUCAUAUCAAAAUACAAUAAUAUCCAAAUAAACAA